AUGGCAGGACGGUCCUUUCAACACCUUCUUAGCUUUCUUAUGCUUUUGCUGCUAUGUGCCAAACCUGGCCUGGGGAAUGUUACUGGGUGCAUAGAGAGGGAGAGACAAGCUCUCCUUCACUUCAAACGUGGCCUUGUCGAUGAAUUUGGCCUUCUUUCCUCUUGGGGAGACGACAACAGAGAUUGUUGCCAAUGGAGAGGAGUCCAGUGUAGUAACCAGUCUGGUCACAUCAUCAUGCUUCAUCUUCCUGCCCCGCCAAAUGAAGAAUAUGGUGAAUUUGUUAUUUACCAAUCUCUUAGAGGCGAUAUAAGUCCUUCGCUGCUUGAAUUGGAGCACUUGACUCAUUUGGAUCUCAGCUGUAAUGAUUUUGAAGAGAGGCACAUACCUCCAUUCCUUGGUUCCCUCAGCAGAAUGCAGUACCUCAAUCUCUCUCAUGCAUAUUUCGCUCAAACUGUUCCCACUCAACUGGGAAAUCUUUCCAACUUGCUUUCCCUUGAUCUCAGCAAUAAUUAUUUGAAGUUUGGGAACCUUGAGUGGCUUUCUCGUCUUUCUUCUUUAAGACACCUUGACCUAAGUUCUGUCGACCUUAGUAAAGCCAUCCACUGGUCCCAAGGCUCAAUUCCAGAUACAGUUGGGAAGAUGGUUUUACUUUCCCAUCUUGAUCUCUCUUUCAAUCAACUGCAGGGCUCAAUUCCAGAUACAGUUAGGAAGAUGGUUUUACUUUCACAUCUUGAUCUCUCUGUCAAUCAACUGCAGGGCUCAAUUCCAGAUACAGUUGGGAAGAUGGUUUUACUUUCACAUCUUGAUCUCGUUGUCAAUCAACUGCAGGGCUCAAUUCCAGAUACAGUUGGGAAAAUGGUUUUACUUUCACAUCUUUUUCUAUCUUACAAUCAACUGCAGGGCUCAAUUCCAGAUACAGUUGGGAAUAUGGUUUUACUUUCACAUCUUGAUCUCUCUAGCAAUCAACUGCGGGGCUCAAUUCCAGAUACAGUUGGGAAUAUGGUUUUACUUUCACAUCUUGAUCUCUCUCGCAAUCAAUUGCAGGGCUCCAUUCCAUAUACAGUUGGGAACAUGGUUUCUCUUGAAAACCUUUAUCUCUCUCAGAAUCAUCUUCAAGGUGAGAUUCCAAAAUCCUUGAGUAAUUUAUGUAACUUACAAGCAUUAAAGUUGGAUAGAAACAAUCUCUCUGGACAGCUUGCACCAGACUUUGUGGCCUGUGCAAAUGACACAUUAAAGACUCUGUCUUUAUCAGAUAACCAGUUCAAUGGAUCAGUUCCUGCUCUUAUUGGAUUUUCAUCCUUAUGA